AUGUGCAUCGAGAUCCGGAACCGCCACCGCUGUCCCAGCAAGGAUGCGUACCCCAAAAAGAACGUCUUUGUGGAUCAUACUACUGAGGCGGGUGUGUUCCGUCACACAAUGACCUAUGACACUGGUGUCAUGUGCAGGCAGUGUCGUCCUGAUGGGUACUUUGCUAGCAUACUCAAGAACACCCCCAUCCGUUCAGACCAUGAUGAACCUAGCAGCGUCGAUAUCUACAAGCAGAAUAUCCAAAACUAUGCAGACUAUCUCCUGGCGCUGGGCGGCCUAAUCAUGCAUGAUCACUUGCCCAAGGAUACAAUUAUCGACGGAGAAAAGCUCUACCCUGUCUCAUCCAGAGCCGCCACGGCCUACCUUGAAACAACCUGCGUCGGAUGCAAAGCCCGUGGAUCGAAUGAUUGCUGCGUGUUUAACCGGACCCGAUCGAGCCACAACAUCGCAAAAGUGCUCCGAAGCGUCUUGGCGGCCAAGGCUGAGCGAAGCCUGGCCAAGCAUUAUACCGAAGCAGAGAUCACGCAAGCCCAGCAAAGCAGCGUGGAGCUGAUCCAUGCAACUAACAGCGGCCAACUACAAGCUAUGUCCCUCGGCACACACCCGGCUCACGAUUGGAAGCUGGCCGGAGAAGCCAUGGAGGGGUUCUAUGUGCCAGUGACCUGUUACUACGCAUUCAUCGAUUACAAACCCGAAGGAGAUGAGAAGAAUUACCCUGAGCUGAGGACGGCCAAGGAGACCGCAUACUGGCUCAUGGGUUCCAUCAUUGCCCACGACAAUGGCUUUUGGUGGUCGUCGUACGAUCAUGUUGCGACCCGCUCCAUGUCGAAGCUUUUCCUCGGUGAGGACUCGCUCUAUGCGAGCAAGUACGGUCGCCUGACCGUAGCCAACCCAGAGACCAUCAUCACUGCCCCCUCUACGAUUCCUCAGAAUCAGACGCACUGGCCCGGCUUGAUGGCGACCAUCGAGGCAUAUGCGAAAUCCGACCGUCUGUUUUGUCGGGGAACGGGCAAAGCCAGUCCGUCCACAAUCUUGAUGAACCAGUUCGCUGUUGUUCUGGCCAGUGUGCAGGAACCCUACCCUGCUAACCUGAAGGACGUGCGCUCUGAUUGGAUCGUCCCGAAGCCCAAGGAGGAGAAAAAGCCGUCGUCGAGCUCAUCAACUGGAGUGAGGAAGUUGGUCAGAGGCGUCUUUGGUCGUUCCUAG